GGAAAGCAGUGGCUGGAGGGGGGGCCACAGCCAGCUCCCCUUGCCCUACCGGGGCAACCCCUUGCAGGUUACAGGUAUCCCAUCAGCCUGUCUGCUGCCCCCUAGCGGCCACAGCCCGGGACAGCGCGCACCUGCUCUGCCUGUCGCGCAGGAGGGCAGGUGGUUUGGGGGAGCUGGGCAGCACAGGCAGGAGGGAGCCCUGGGGAAAGAGAAUGAAGGAGCCCAGGGGGCUUGUGGUUAAGGGCCCUGGGCCUGGGUUCAGGAGCUCUGGGUUUAAUGCCCAGCUCUGCCACUGACUCGCUGGGUGGUCCUGGGCGAGUCACUGGGUCUCUCUGGGGCUCAGUGCUCCAGCUGUAAAAUGGGGUGAAUGAUCCUUCCUUUGUCUGUCUGGUGCAUUCAGGCUGUGGGCUCUAGGGGCAGGGACUGUCUCCUGCUGGGUCUGCUUAGUGCCCGGCACGAGGGGCCCUGAUCGGGGUGGGGGGUCUCUAGGCGCUCCCCUUUUCGCUGUAGCAGACCCACCCCAUGUCUCCCCCCACGGGCAGAGCAUCCUGCUGUCUGCGGCACAGCCCCAGCUGCCAGCUCCCGGCAGUGACCGAGCCCGGCUCCUUUCUCCUUCCCAAGUCUUCCCCCCCCCGCCCCCUCCGUCCCUCCCAGCCCAUCCGCAGCCGAUAACUGCAGCGGCUCCAGUCCCCCGCCGGCCCCGCUCCUCGCCUCGCUGCGGAACUUUCUCUCCGAGCAGGGACCCGGCGCCCUCCUCGCAGAUCCGGCUGGGGGCGGCCCAGGCAGGGGGAAGGAGCCAAGCCCGCGGGCCCCUCGGAUGCACCGAGCCCACCUCCGCCAGCCAGGGGCUGCCCUGGGCCGGACCCCGCGCGCCCUGCCCCGGGACAAUGAUGCAGCCUGUGUGCCGGGCAGCCACCCUGCUGCUUCUCAUCGCCGUCCUCUCCUCCCCGCCAGCGCUCAGCGAGAGGGGGCGCAAGAAGGUCAUCCACGUGUCAGAGGAUGAGAGUGGGGCCGUGGUUGUCCAGACGGCGCCUGGGAAGGUGGUCACCCACCGGGGCGGGACCAUCAUCCUUCCCUGCCGGUACCACUAUGACAUGUCAGCCCACGACCCAGCCGAGAUCCGCCUCAAGUGGACCAAAGUGAUGGACCCGAUGUCUUUUGUGGACGUCUUCGUGGCCAUGGGGAAGGAGCGCAGGGCUUUUGGGAGCUACCGGGGGCGCACGGCCCUGCAGGAGGAUGGGACAGGGGACGCCUCCCUCAUCAUCCGCAACGUCACCCUGCAGGAUUACGGGCAGUAUGAGUGCGAGGUUACCAAUGAGCUGGAGGACGACACGGGCAUGGUGAAGCUGGAUCUGGAAGGAGUGAUCUUCCCAUACCACCCGCGCCUUGGCCGCUACACCCUCAACUUCCAGGAGGCCCAGGAGGCGUGUCUGGCCCAGGACGGCAUCCUGGCCUCCUACGACCAGCUGCACAAGGCCUGGGUGGAGGGCAUGGACUGGUGCAACGCCGGCUGGCUGGAGGAUGGCUCCGUGCAGUACCCCAUCUCCAGGCCCCGAGACGAGUGCGGCCGCAAAGACACCCCAGUCGGGGUCAGAAGCUACGGGUACCGGCACAAGGAGGACGAGCGCUACGACGCCUUCUGCUUCACGUCCAACCUGAACGGCAAAGUUUACUUCCUAAAGACCUACCGCAAGCUGAGCUACCCUGAGGCCCUCCAGGCCUGCAAGAAGAACGGCGCCAGGGUGGCCAAGGUGGGCCAGCUCUACGCUGCCUGGAAGAUCCAGCUGCUGGACAAGUGUGAGGCGGGCUGGGUGGAGGAUGGCAGUAUCCGCUACCCCAUCGUCAACCCCCGGGCACGCUGUGGGGGCCGGGAGCCCGGCGUCCGCAACUUGGGCUUCCCGGACAAAAAGUACAAGCUCUUCGGGGUCUACUGCUACAAGAAGGCCAGCGAAGGGCCCCCCAAGGACGGCAGGGAGGAGCCGGGCAAGUGGAGGCCUCUCCAGGUAUAAGAGGCAGCCAUGGCCGCUCUGCUGGGGACAGAACCGCUCUUGCAACCAUCAGACGAACGCCGCAGCUGGAGAGCUGCUACCAUAGUAAUUCCCCCCCGCCCCCCCAUCCCUUCUCACCUGGAGCCGGCUGUGAGCCAGGACUGUGGUACUGGCCACCGAGCCCCAGGGACCGGGCAUUUCUUGGUAACAGCAUCACAGGAAACAGAAGGGAACACGCCCCCCCCCUUAUCCCUUUCCAUAGCAGGUGGGGACGGUCCCACGGCAUGGCAGGCUGGGGAGGGGCUCUGUGGUAGAGAAGGGAAGAGGGCUGGAGGGGGGACCAUGCCAGCUUCAGUUCACUUGCUUUCUCCUGCAAACGGACAUCCAGCCCCUGCACUCGUAGGGGCCGCUCCUGCCAUGCUCUGGUGCAGCCGCUGCCCCCCCUCGCUAACCCAACCUCCGGAUUCCUUCUUGGCUUCACGCUGCUGUGGCUAGCGCUGGGAAUCUAGUUUUUGGCCUUUCUCUGCUUGCGGAGGGGGCAGGGCCGGGCUGCCGCCCCUGCAGCUUUCCCAGGAUCCCCCAGGCCAAUGCCACGCUCCUGUCUGGGGCUGGGGGCUGUUCAGAUGUGGUGCACACCCGCAGCGCUAGGGUGGGUCCUGCUGAACUGGACAGGCCUUGGGCCCUGCUCCUCCCAUGACUGUGGAGGAUGGAAACUCAGAGGGGGCGUAAAUGGGAGUGUAGCUCUCGCCCCACGCAUGGGGGGCGGAUGCUCAGAAGAUUAAUGCCCUGGUUGGGGAGUGGGUGGAUGGUGCAAAGUGUCCGUGUGGGAUGGCACCGCCCUGUGCAGUUUACGGCCCACGAGCUCCCUGUCAGUGCUUCAGCUAACGGCACCGGAGCAAAAUCAACAGCGUCCCCCUGCCCGCAGCGCUGUGAAGAGAAGCAAGCGUGAGGGUGUCGGAAGAGACCAGCUGCUCCCCUUGCUCCCCGGGAUCUGCGCAGCUCGGCACGGGUCCUGCUGACAAAGCUCCCUAAGGGACCAGACGGCGCAUACUCAGCACUAGGUUCAAUUCAAAGCCCUUGAAACACCCAUGGAAAGGCCUAUGCUCCCUGAAUGUACCCAGCACAGGAGGGACAGGAAAGCAGGCACGUUGAGAGCUGGACUCACUAGCGUAAGCUUUUCUAGAGCAAAAACCCUUUGAGGUACAUGUAAAACAUCUGGCUGAAUAAUCCCAUCUGUGGAGUUUAGUUUAACAUUGUAACAUAGCCAUGCGGGAACUAUGCCAUGGUCAAGCAGCUGAUCUAACUUUACAGGGACAGAACUCUGACCCUCCCCCUUCGAAAACACACUUUGAGCUGAAGGAGAAUCCCCUUAGCGCUAUACAGUACAGGGCAUAUGGUACUCAGUGGUACAGCUCAGAUUCCAUCUGUGGGCGGUCGUUGUGCUCCACCCACACCAGCCUGUUCAUUACGAUAGGUGGGGUGAAUCACCUUGCCACUGAGCACAUGAAGCUAGGCACUAUAGGAAGGCAGGAAUCUGGCAAAUCGGGCGUGGUUAAGCUCAAACAGGCACUGACCACUGCAGUAGGAAAUUGGUGUGUGGGUGCUUUGCCGUGAGCUGCAGUGUCCAGGGCUCGCCCAGGGCUGAUGCUUGCUGCUGUCCCUUAAACAAUCAAAGCGCAGGUGGGGUUUUCCCCCAUCCCGGGCAAAGAAAAAAGUGACUGGAUUUUUCAGUCUCCACAGUGCUGUCCUAAGAGAUCCCCAGCCAGGGGCCCCCGUGAUAGUCCCCUGAGAAAGGGGAGCUACUCUGUGGAGUCGGGGCGACCGAUGGGGAUUAAUACAGCAUCGUGAUAUAGGGCCCGAUCCUGCCAGGCACUGAGUGCCCUCAGCCGCCACUGAAAUCAGCACCACGCAGGAUGGGGUCGGCGUGGGAGAGAAAUCUAGUGAGGGGGGAGGAGCCAGGGAAAGGGGGCAGGGAUUUGGCUUCCCCGUGCCCUGCAGAUGCGCAUUGCCUCCCAGGCCAGGGCAAGUGCAGGGGGUCGGCCGUGGUCACCCCGGUGGCUCGCAGUGUGUUUCCCUGCUCGAGGCACAGAGCCCGUCCUGCUGGCUGGGGCUAUCUCCCCGCCCCCGAUGCAUGCAGUCCCUGUGCCGCCUCCCGCUCUCGCUACAACGCUGCGUCGCUCAGAGACGCCGUGCUUGCCUUCGUUUUCAGCUGCAUGCAUGGCCGGGCGAGGGACACCACCCGCGACAGGGGAGGGAGCUCCGGGUCCCUCUGCUCUGAGUUGAGCAGCAGAACUGAUCAGGGUCUCCGUUCCCGCGACUUAGGGCCAGACGGCAACUGGGACGGGCCUGCAGGAGGCUCUCAGAGCCAGAGGUCACAAAUAGGCUCCCCAGAUCCACUGGGGCUUCCCUUCUGGCCAGUGGGGGGUCGGUUGUGGUCGGGGAGCUAAUGAAAUAAAGGCUUGGCUGUUGAGUGAGAAUGAA